UGGUGACUUUUUUUUAUUUUUUAGAUUUUUUGGGGGAGGAAACCUAUUCUGUUUUUUUUAUUUAUUUUUGUUUGUGGGUUAAGAUAAAUACUUGUACACCAGACUGAUGGUCAGUCAGGCAGCCAUGCGAAGCCAGCGUGUGGUGGAGAGCGAGUGCAGGUGCUGGAACCCGGCUGUCUGGCUCCUGGUGUCCCUGCUGGGCUCCCUCGUCCUGGUGGCCAUGAGCGUGCUGUUGCGGCUCGGAGACAUGAAGAUAAACAAACGAGCUCUAUCUGCUAUUCCAGCCAAUGAUAUGCAAAUCUCAGAGAGAACGCAGUACCAAGUUCAACUGGUGAAUGGCCGAAACAGGUGUGAGGGCAGGGUGGAGGUGCGCCACAACAGCUCGUGGGGCACAGUGUGCGAUGACGACUGGGACAUGGUGGAUGCCAACGUGGUGUGCCGGCAGCUGGGAUGCGGAGUGGCCGUGGCCGUGGGCAGCAGCUCUCAGUUUGGUCAGGGGACAGGGCUCAUUGUGCUGGACAAUGUGGACUGCAGGGGGAGUGAAACGGACCUCAGCCAGUGCCACAGUCUGGGAUGGGGUGUCCACAACUGCUACCACUAUGAGGAUGUGGGUGUUACCUGCAGAGAACCCACCCUGGUGGGGGCAAGAGGCUUUGAGGAACGCACAACACCAUCCCAAGUCAACUCUGGCUUACGAGAUGGGACCAUUCGUUUGGUGAAUGGGAAGACCUCUUGCCAGGGCAGAGUUGAGAUUUACUACCAGGGAAACUGGGGGACAGUGUGUGACGACGACUGGUUCCUCAACAACGCCAUGGUGGUGUGCCAGCAGACCGGCUGUGGCACCGCCGUCUCUGCCCACACCAACUCCUACUUUGGCUACGGCACCGGCCUGAUUCUGCUGGACAACGUGAACUGCCACGGCAAUGAGCAGGAGCUGAGUAAAUGCAAAAGUCUGGGCUGGGGCAAACACAACUGUGGCCACCACGAGGACGCCGGAGUCACCUGCACUGGAUCCACUACUGUACCCCCUGUUGCAACAGAAAUCCAGAGAGGAUUCUGGGAAACGAUGAACACUGAAGCAACACAAAGAAUCCCAGUCACAACGUCACCAACUACAACUACUGUUAGCACAACUGCCCAGACAAAAGGUGUACAAGGCAAACAAACCGUCCGAGUGAUGAAUGGUAACAGCAGCUGCCAGGGUCGCGUUGAGGUCCUUUUCAGAAAUGUGUGGGGAACGGUGUGCGAUGACGACUGGGACAUGCCUAAUGCCAACGUGGUGUGCAGACAGCUCGGCUGUGGCCCAGCUCUCGCGGCUAAGACCAAAGCCUACUUCGGCUACGGCUCUGGCCCCAUCCUGCUGGACAAUGUGGAAUGUAGUGGAUCUGAAGGCGAGCUGUCCCAGUGCUUCCACCUGGGCUGGGGGCAGCACAACUGCGGCCAUCAUGAGGACGCUGGAGUCAUUUGUGCACCUUUCGACCCUCAAUUUUUCUUCAUCCCAAAUGGACGAGACUUCAGAGUAACAGAAAAAACGACAACCGGCACCACCACCACAGAACCCCCUGAAGGAAUGCUGAGACUGGUGGGUGGCCAGCACCACUGCGAGGGUCGAAUAGAGAUCUACUUAAACUCUGAGUGGGGCACAGUGUGUGAUGACGCCUGGGACCUCCCUGACGCCCAGGUGGUGUGUCGGCAGGCGGGCUGCGGAGAGGCCGCCACGGCUUGGGGAGAAGCGUACUUCGGACCGGGCGCGGGAACCAUCCUGCUGGACAAUCUCAAGUGCAACGGUGCUGAGGCCUCCCUGCAGGAGUGCUCCCACAUAUCCUGGGACGUGCACAACUGUGACCACUCUGAAGAUGCCGGCGUCACCUGCUCACUGUCAUGAUUCCAGCAGGACACCACUCCCAUUUCUACCCCGGGUUAGGAAGCGGGUGCACUGAGCUGGGACUUGUACACAUCAUGUAAAUAAUGUCUCUCACAAUGCUGAGGGAAAACUUCCCCGUCAUCAACACACAGAAUAACUAAUGUGACCAUAUAUGAUUUAUACUAUAUCUAUCUAUGCCUAUUAAGCACUUUAUAAAUAUAUUAUAUAA